AUGGCAACAAUCGAAGAAAAUGGACCGUCGCUUCGUGAGCAGGGUGACAUGUCGUCUUUAGCGAGGCAGAAGCUUCAGAGCCUCCUGAACAAGAACAUGAGGAUCCGCAUGACCGACGGCAGAACCUUGGUGGGUCUUUUCCUCUGCACGGACCGGGAUUGUAAUAUCAUCCUGGGCUCGGCUCAGGAGUUCCUCAAAUCCACAGACACUUUCUCCCAGGGUGAACCCCGAGUCCUGGGCCUGGCCAUGAUUCCGGGUCACCACGUGGUGUCCAUCGAGGCAGAGGCUGACAUUCUGGACGACACGCAAACUUUCAACAUCCACCACUAG